AGCCUCGUGAGGAUACAGCCGCUGCAUUGGGAAGUUAGCGUAGCAAGUUGUAGGCGAGUGAAUGGAAUUUGGGCUUAUCUAAACACAUAUGUAAGCAUUCCCACUACAACUGCAAUCCACUCCUUCAACGUCAGCUAGGAGAAGUAACAGAGAGAGCGUUAAUAAGACGUGAAUGUGGUUAGGCUACCUAGCUAAAGGGGCUAACGUUACAUCCCGUGUGUUUUGCUAAGCGAUGCCACUGUAGUCCAAACUCGUGGUGGUUUAGAUAUCGUUCGUGCGUGUAGUUACGUUCCGUAAAUCCAUUCAAAGCUACUGGCAUGGCCGGCUGCAGGAUGAAGCUGGAGCUGUCCCGUGUAGUCCAGGGAAGUGGUCGACUGGGGGUCCUGAAGGAUCUUGGCAAGACGGGGCAGCACUCUCUGGAGGUCCCGGGAUGUCUGCUGCACACACACCUGGGCACAGUGCCCCACCUGACCCGGGACACCCUGCAGACCCUGAGCAACCUCCCCGCUGUCACGCAGGUCACGCUGUCCAAUAUAGCAGAGCAUCAGGAAGUUUUGGAGGAGUUCAAGGAUGGAUUCAGGAGGUUUGCAGGUCUUCACAAUACCGUGUUGUACUGCUCGCUGCACGACCCUGCGACUCCCUGCCCAACGGGUUACACCACUAACAAGACGGUGUCCGUGUGGGGCAGCGGUGGGCGGAUAGAGCUGACCGUGGCCAGGUUCAUGGCUCUCCAGAAGACGGUGCAGCCGGACUGGUACCAGAGCAUGGCCGAUGGAGAGACGUGGCAGAGCGGCACCUCGCGCAAAAGGGUUCGGAAGUCGGUGGAUCGAACUCUCGCCCACUUGGAUGAGUGUCUGCUGGCUCACCAGAACUCCCAGGAGUUGGAGGGGGUGGAGGUUUUUGGGGUAGUGGAGGGAGGAGACAUCCUGGAAGAGCGGGUGCGCUCUGGCAGGGAGACGGCCAAGAGGCCCGUGGCUGGAUUCUGCCUGGACGGCCUACAGACGGGUUCCAUGCAUCAGGCCCUGAGGACCCAGCUCAUCGCUGCUGUGACCGAGGAGCUGCCUGAGGACAAACCCAGGCUCCUGCAGGGUGUAGGACGACCCGAUGAGGUGCUGGCGUGUGUGGAGGCCGGCGUGGACCUGUUCGAGGGCUUCUUCCCCUCCCAGGUGACGGAGCGAGGCUGCGCUCUCUGCUUCGGCUUCGGCAUCUCCUCGGACCCCGAGCUCGCAGGUAGAGCGCCCCCUGCAGUGCUGGAGUUGGCCGAAGAGAAGGAAGCGUCGGGAGAGACUCAACACAACGGAGACUCAAAUCCUGCGGAUCAAUCGCGGAUGACGUCCUUUGAAAUCGAUCUCAAAGACAAGCGAUACAAAGAUGACUUCAGGCCACUGGUUGAGGGGUGUGGCUGCUACUGCUGCGUGAACCACCAGAGGGCGUACCUGCACCACCUGCUGGUGACCAAUGAGCUGCUGGCCCGGGUACUGCUCAUGAUCCACAACACGGCCCACUACCAGGCCUUCUUCAGGGCCCUGAGAGAAGCUCUGGCUAAUGAUAAACUGGAUGUCCUUAAGAGACGGGUACUGAAAGAAAUGACUGACUGAAAAAAACUGGUCCUCAUGCUCCUGCUUUCUACUGCAGAGGAGUCCCUCCGUGUGUGUCUGAAGUUAUGUCUCUGAAGCAGAUCCUUUUAAUUGAGGAGGAUGAAAAGACAACGCACCACACAGACGACCGCUUGAUGUGUGUCCCUUGGCUGCGCGUCCAGGUUUCGCACUAUAACGGACUCGCUUAAUCCCGCGUAUUGAUCAUGGCUGAUAGCCAGGAGGAGUCAAAGCGAGGUGGGUGUGAGAGGAGCUGGAUCCGGAGGACUUUGCAUAAAGAGAGGAAUGUGAGGAUGGAUGGCGGUGUGCUAUCGACAGUGAUUGAAUACCUUUUGAGCUCCUCGGGGUCCUCUGGACUCAUUGACAUGGAGUCUAGACCAGAGGGAGAAUCAACUUGGGUAAACAGUUACUUUCAUUUCUCCUGUUUUUCAUUAAAACAUAAAACAUU